GGCCAUGGCAUACCCGAGCAAUUCCGGGGAGACUUCACUGCAGAGGAAAAUCGGCAGGGGUAAGAUCCAAAUCAAACGGAUCGAGAACACCACCAAUCGCCAAGUCACUUUCUGCAAAAGGCGGAAUGGACUGCUCAAGAAAGCAUAUGAAUUAUCUGUUCUUUGUGAUGCUGAGGUUGCUCUCAUCGUCUUCUCUACCCGCGGCCGCCUCUAUGAGUAUGCCAACAAUAGUGUUAAAUCUACAAUUGAGAGGUACAAGAAGGCUUCUGCAGAUUCAUCAAAUACUGGAUCUGUUUCAGAAGUUAAUGCUCAGUUCUAUCAGCAAGAAGCUGCCAAGCUGCGUGUGCAGAUUAGCAAUUUGCAGAAUUCAAACAGGCAUAUGCUGGGGGAGUCGCUAGGAGCCUUGAAUGUCAAAGAACUUAAGAGCUUGGAGAUACGACUAGAGAAAGGAAUUAGUAGAAUUCGAUCCAAAAAGAAUGAGCUAUUGUUCGCAGAGAUCGAGUAUAUGCAGAAAAGGGAAAUUGAUUUGCACAACAAUAAUCAGCUUAUUCGAGCUAAGAUUGCCGAGAAUGAAAGGAAGCAACAGAACAUGAAUUUGAUGCCUGGCGGUGGUGACUACGAGAUGAUGCAACCUCAGCCAUUUGACAACAGGAACUACUUUCAAGUGAAUGCACUACAACCCACCAAUCAUUACCCACACCAAGACCAGAUGGCUCUUCAGUUAGUGUAA